GCUAAGAGUCCGAGGGAACGAUUCGGCAUGAACUGCACAUUUUCCGUGAUGGUCAUUGCACUAUUCCUCUCAAUUGUUAUCGAAGGAAUGGACCUGUACUAUUCUCGUGGAAACUUCUACGAUGCUAUUUACAUUACCUCCAACCUCGUGGUAGUAAUCAUGGUUAUGUCAAAACUGGUGAUGCUGACAAUACAACGGGGAGCCAUCAUUAAUCUUAUCCAGUACACGGAACGUAACAUAUGGCAAAUGGAUUGCGACGAGCAAGAAGACUCCAUUUUGAAGAAGUGCGACAGGAAAGGAAUCCUUCUGAUGUGUACUUUCGUGUUUUUCGACCACGUGACGUUCCUCGGCUUCGUGACACGGCCCGCCUUCGAGAGCAUGAAGGAAAACGGGACAGAACGAGUGCUGCCUUACGACAUCUGGUUUGACAUGCCUACGACCAUUACUCCGUAUUACGAGAUGCUCUUCGCCUUGGAGGUUUUAAAUACAUACGUCGUCGCAAUCUGUUACUUCUGCUUCGACAAUUUCCUGUGCUUGUUGAACAUCUUCGCCACGGGCCAGUUUCGAAUUUUGCAGCGCAGAUUGGAAACCGUGUGCGACGUGGACGAGAUUACCGACUCGAAAUCAAUGAUCGAUGAUAAUAGAAAAUCUUUCGUACCAUUCGUCCGCGGUAAUAAAUUCAGCAAACUGAAGGAGUGCAUCAGACUGCACCAAAAUAUGAUCAGAUACGUUGAAGAGGUGAAAGCCAUCUUCCAAAAUGUAAUACUAAUUCACGUACUACUCUCCAGCAUCAACGUGUGUCUCGUGUUAUUCCAAGUAGUGGCGGACCAAAACUCAGCGACCAGAAGAGUGACGUUCACGGUUCACAUAAUUGGAACUUUUUGUCAGCUGUUCUCGUUCGCCCUAACCUGCGACGAAAUUAUUCAGGAAAGUCUGCACGUAGCCGAUGCGGCUUACAACGUGAAAUGGCACGACUCUUCCGUGAUCGACAAGAAACUUGCGACAUAUUUACAAAUCAUCAUCAUAAGAGCUCGUCGCUCCUGCAGCCUGACUGGAGCAGGGUUCUUUUCGGUGUCUCUCGAAACCUUUACAAAGAUCCUGAGCACAUCGCUCUCGUACUUCACGAUAUUACGUCAGAGCGAAGCGUACGUCUCGCUGCACGCAUGACGCAUUUCCGAGGAGAUGUUCGCAGGGACGUUAAAAUUGCCUGUAUCGAGGAGAGACGUUCC